ACGCAGCAUUCCUGACCAGGACAGAAGUGAAAGGGAUGGGCGGGGCGCACAGCGGCAGCAGCGACUCUGAGCUCCAACAUCCUGUCUGCUGAAGCCCCCUCCUCCUUUACGUUUACCUAAGACCCAGCAGCCUUUCCCCCAUGUGUUUGAAUGCAUUUCCCUUAAAAACGAGAAAGUGUCGAGAGGCCGAAGCAAACGGCGAUUUAACAGCGAGCUUCUCGUUCGUUCUUCAGUUCCUGCGCGUCCAGCAAAUCGGGGAAGCAGCUCGGUGUUGCUGGAGGGAAGAGCUCGGGGAGGAGGCUGAACUACGCGACACCAUGACCGAAAAGGACACAGGAACAGAAAACAUACUAACAGAUGAGAUGGCAAAUCCUUCUUUGUCAAAGAGUGGAGGCGACCCAGGAAUCACCCCUCUAUCGCCUUCGCAUAUCCAGCAAAGUGACACGGACCAGGUGCAGUCCGGACCGUCCUUUGUGGUGGUGGUCGCCAUCGACUUCGGCACGACAUCCAGCGGUUAUGCUUACGCUUUCACAAAGGAGCCUGAGUGCAUUCACACCAUGAGGCGCUGGGAGGGCGGAGACCCUGGUGUUUCCAAUCAGAAGACUCCAACCACCAUCCUGCUGACUCCAGACAGAAAGUUCCACAGCUUCGGAUACGCAGCCCGUGAUUUCUACCACGAUCUGGAUCCUAGCGAGUCCAAACACUGGCUGUACCUGGAGAAAUUCAAAAUGAAGCUUCACACCACUGCAAAUCUGUCCAUUGACACUGAGAUCCACGCAGCAAACGGAAAGCGAGUGAAAGCCCUGGACAUCUUCGCCUAUGCGCUCGCAUUCUUUAAGGAGCAAGCAUUAAAGGAGCUUAGUGAUCAAACCGGCAGUGAAUUUGACAACAGCAACGUGAGAUGGGUAAUCACAGUACCAGCAAUCUGGAAAAUGCCUGCAAAACAGUUCAUGAGGGAAGCAGCCUAUAAGUCUGCUCUGGUGUCACGUGAAAACCCAGAACAGCUGAUCAUUGCUCUGGAGCCCGAGGCGGCCUCCAUCUAUUGCCGUAAGCUGCGCCUCCAUCAGAUGGUGGACCUGGGCACACAAACCACCCAGAACGGCUUCAGCCCCAACGACAAUGUGGGGAGUGGGAUGACCCAAGUGUCUCCAGCUAAGGAGCAUGCACGGCGCAACCGGCAGAGCCGCACCUUUUUGGUGGAAAAUGUCAUAGGGGAGCUUUGGUCGGAGCUGGAAGAAGGUGACCGUUAUGUGGUAAUGGACUGUGGGGGAGGAACAGUGGACCUGACUGUCCAUCAAAUCCGUCUUCCAGAAGGACAUCUAAAAGAACUCUACAAGGCCUCGGGUGGACCUUAUGGCUCUAUCGGGGUUGAUUAUGAAUUUGAGAAGUUGCUGUGUAAGAUCUUUGGCCAGGAUUUUAUCGACCAGUUUAAAAUUAAGAGGCCAGCCGCCUGGGUGGACUUGAUGAUUGCAUUUGAGUCUCGGAAGAGAGCGGCAGCUCCUGAGAGGACCAACCCUCUCAACAUCAACCUGCCUUUCUCCUUCAUCGACUACUACAAGAAGUUCCGGGGUCACAGCGUCGACCACGCUCUGCGCAAAAGCAAUGUGGACUUUGUUAAAUGGUCAUCUCAAGGGAUGCUGAGGAUGAGUCCAGAUGCAAUGAAUACCCUCUUCAAACCGACCAUAGACCACAUCAUCCAACAUCUCACUGAACUCUUUGAGAAGCCAGAAGUUAGCGACAUUAAGUUCCUAUUCCUGGUUGGAGGUUUUGCUGAGUCCGCCCUGCUGCAGCAGGCUGUCCAGAACAUGCUUCAGGGCCGCUCCAGAAUCAUCAUCCCGCACGACGUUGGUCUAACCAUCCUGAAAGGUGCUGUGCUGUUUGGCCUGGACCCCAGUGUCAUUAAAGUGCGUCGUUCACCCCUAACAUACGGGGUAGGUGUCCUUAAUCGAUUCGUGGAGGGCAAACACCCGCCGGAGAAACUGCUGAUAAAGGACGGAACCCGCUGGUGCACCGACGUCUUUGAUACUUUCAUUGCUGCUGACCAAUCUGUGGCACUGGGUGAGAUGGUGAAGCGCAGCUAUACGCCAGCCAAGCCUUCCCAGCAGGUUAUAGUUAUCCAUGUUUAUUGCUCGGAGAAGGAGAGGGCAGGGUUUAUCAGCGAGCCCGGGGUCAGGAAGUGUGGGACGCUUCGCUUAGAUGUCAGUGGAACAGAAAGUUCAGCGCCACGCCGUGAGAUCCAGACCCUCAUGCAGUUUGGUGACACAGAGAUUCGAGCCAUGGCUAUAGACGUGUCCACAGGACGCACCGUCAAAGCUAGCAUCGACUUCCUAAGCCACUAAGGCUCGUAUGAGAGCCUAGCUUCCAGAAUCCCCAGAAGCAGUAGUCAUGAAAAUUCAGCUUCCACAUAACAACUAUGAAUAGUACUAGAAAUUUGCAACAUAUAAAAUUCCAGGCUCAGAUACGUUUGGUUGAAGAAUGUUGAUAGGCUUUGACAUGAAACCCCCCAAAAUGUUGGACUGUAGCAUUUAUGGUAAAAGGAUCAAAUAGACAGUUUGCUUCAGCUGUCGCUGGUUCCCAUGUUUUCACUUUCCUUACUGAGGAGCUCUGUUCUGCUAAAAGGCUUAAAGCAAACACUGUUCUGAGAGCCCGGCGCUGAGGCAGGAGCUCUGCGUUGUCAGGUUUAAAAGGGAACGCCGUCAACACUUGUCCAGUUCUGAUUUCUGUUCUCUGAAUUCUUAGUCAUUAGUAUUAUUGCACGUUACCUCGCAGUCCACUGCAGAGGCGAUCCACACACGAAUCAUAACCUUCACGCAGAACUCCUAUUCACACACAAGUUUUAUUUGCUACAAAUUCCCCAGAACGCUGCACAUGUAGCCACUCCCAGGUAUCAGGGAGCGGCUAACUUUCCUCAUCAUAACUUUCCUCUAAGUUAUGAUUGAUGCUUUUUUGCUUUUUUACAGUAUCUCAUAGUCCAGUGUUCAAGGCACGUUGUGCAAAAAAAAAAAACCCACUGUAGGUCAGUGUGAAAACUUGCCCUGCGGAAAUGUGGUGGUAAGUUUUCCAUACUUGCCAAACUUUGCUUUCCAGUUGUAACAAUAGUUAAGGUUCUUGGUAUCAUUUGGCAUCAGGUGCAUUUAGCAUAAACAAUUUUCCAACUUUUCCCAAAUGCAAUUCAAUCCAUUUAAGACUAUAUAGUGCAGGUAACAAUUAUCCCAAGUUAUUUCCAGGGAAUGUCAAUGAAAGCAGCAUUAUUUUUAAGACAGCAGUGGAUCAGAAUGGCUCAUCAAUCUGUCUUCAUGGAGUCCGAGUCCUAAAGCUACAUUAACUAUUAGUCUUAAAUGAAUUCUGUUAGUGUCUGUAAUUAUUUCGUUCUUAAAAGUUACACUUUUACCAACGGUCUACUCGUGUAGCCCCUAUUCAAAGUGGAGACGUUUGAAACACAACAUUUAGUCUGAUCUUCUUGAAAAACCUUUUUUUUUUUCCAGACUAAGCAGAACGAAGCCGGUAACGCUGACGUCUGACGGAUUCAAGUCGUUUCUUACAAAACGCUUUCUCGUUUCAACACGCCGUCCGCUGGGAUUUACGUCCAUAUGUUUGAGAAAACAUGGAACAGAUUUUCAGUCUGGUUCGUUUUCAGCCAGCGUACGCAAAAUGAGUUCCUCAGAAUGCUGAUGUCAGUGUCAAUUUCUUUUCUAUAUUAACCAACUAUUAGCCACUAUUAAUCAAAUAAGUACUCCUAUCUAAGAGGAAAUAGACAGAGCUUUCACUAACAUUGUUGUAUUGAACCCAGCUGCAAGCAGCUACAGUUUACAAAAAAGUAUGUUAGUGGCCUAAUUAACCAGACUGAACAAAGUUGCAAAAUUAUGACUCAUAUAAAUAUAUAUAUAUAUUUACUUUCAUAUGGACCAGUUUCACUGCAAAUAGUUUAAUAUUUAGUCAAUGCCAAAACUAGGUUAAUAAAACCGAUGUUGAUCAUUGCAGACACAUUUUGCACAUGAAUCAGCCGUUUGCUUUUUGGCUUCCUGCCUGUGUUUGCAGGAUUGUUGUGACCUUAGUUCACGUUCCUCUACUUUGGAUUCCUCUCUUGAACACAACAGAUCGAAUCCAACGGAGUGCUGCUUUAUGUGAGGAGAAAUAAACUCGAAAGGGAAAACUGCAAACUGCGCUCCAAAGUCAAUCUGAAACGCAAGAACAGCCUUGACUGACCCUCUUUUUUUUUUUCUUUUUUUUUUGCAAACUGUGAACAGCUUUUGGACGCAGCGCUUCCUGCUUGGCCGAGCUUUUGAUUCAGGUAGAACUGGGAAUAAAAACGUGCAGGCCAGAUCAUAAUAAUCACUUUUAUUUCUAGAAAUACACUAUUUAAAUAUUGUACAGAUUGUUCUAGCGCUGUCAUAGCAGCUUUUGAAAUAAGAGUGUGCGCAUGUGUGAGAACGAGUGCGUGUGUGUGUGUAGCAUCGGCAUUUCUAGAAAAAAUAUUUUCCUCCCCUCUUAUGCUUGUGCGACCAACGCGGAUUUCUGUUCGCGUUGCGAAAUUUGAAAUGUGAUCUUGAUCUCUGCAGACAUAAACAAAACUUGGAAACUUGAAUUGUUUAAAAUUAUGGCAAUGAACAAAUCUGUGCUUAUGAUCAAUAGCAGAAUUCUUUGUUGCAGAGUAAAAUAAGGCACUCCCAGGGAGGAAGGAACAAUAAAGAGCACAGAGAGAAAGGUGGGAAGUUCA